GCGGACUACGGCCGGCCGCCGCCGGGCAGCGAGACGGAGAAGCGCUGGCAGAGGGGCAAGGCCUGGGUCGACGAGCAGAUCGCGGGGCUGAUCAAGGUCAUCCGCGACAUCGGCGACACGGACGCGGCCACGGGCACGACGACGGUCAAGUUCGGCGCGCUCUUCUACACCUACGCGGAUAUCUCCGACUCGCUCGUCGGGAUCAUGAUGCGCGCGAAGAAGCGCAAGCGGCUCUACUACGAGGGCGACAUGCUCUUCCAGGGCAGCUCCGACAACGUCAUCGUGAGCGUG